AUGAAAUUAGCAAGAAAAAAUACAAUAAUUAUUCCAACAUUUGAUAUUGAUUUGAUGUGGCAUACACACAUGAGAUAUCCAUUGAGUUAUCUGGAAUUUUCUAAAGCUGUAUGUGGUUUUGUACUUGAUCAUGACGAUUCAAUAGCUCCACCAGUAUUAAUCGAUGCUUACCAAGAUACAGCUGAUCGAUGGAAAAAAGCUUAUCAAUCAGAAUAUGGUCAACACGUUGAUCAAAAUUAUUCACGCAAGUUUCUCGAUUUUAGCCGCUGUGCAAUGAUUCACAAGUCUGAAGAGGAAAAACGACCAAACCAUAAAAACUCCGGCGGAUGUGGAGGUUGGUGGGGAACUGUAGAUGGAGGUACAGAUAGCGCUGGAAGUUCAUGUGGAAGUGGUUGUGGAGGAGACUAA